AUGCAAAUAAAGAAAAGAAUAAAAAAAUAAAUUAGUAUUUAAUUUUAUUAAGAAGGCGUCUUACGAGUAAUAAAAUCCUUUUUGCAUCAUAAUUGUUUUAUAUGAAUUGACUUAUUUAUGAGCACCAAAUGUUGAGUGUAUAUAAAUAAUCAUAUUCACUAGCAAAUAAGCGUUAUUAGUGGAUUAAAUGGUGGAUAACAUUGCUUAACAAAAUGAAAUUGCAAAAAAAAAAUGAAUAAUAUGAAACAAAUUACAAGGAAAUUUAAGAUGUUGCUUUAGAAUAACUUAUAUAAAUUUAAGUUGAAUUAAUUUAACCUAAAAAGAUACCAGAAACUAAAGAAAGAAGACUUUAAAUGAUUAUUUUAAAUUAAAAAUUAUACCUUAUCAAUUAAAGAUUUGAAAAAGACAAUAAUGGCUCAAUAUUUAAAAAAAAAAAAAGAAGAGAAAAAAAUUUGGAAAAGGAUAAAAAUAUGUUAAAGGAGAAUUGUUAGGAAACAGAUAAAAAGCAUAUAAAAAAGCAGUAUCUUUUGAAUUAACCAGAUUAACUGAUAUAAUCUCUAUAUGGAAUAAAAUGA